AUGGCUGCAAAAGAGAAGAAUUUGUUGGCAUUGCGAAGACUCCAUCUGGUCAGGGAUUACAUUAAUCUAAUGAAGGCGGUCGAAUCUGGAAUGGAUCAAUAUCGCUUUUUGUUGUCCAAAACGAAGUAAGCUACAACUAUGUUUAAAUCAAAGUUUAGAUCUAUAAUUGGAGUGUCUGCUGCCAGUGCGUUAAGUAUCGAUUAUCGAGAAUUGGAGCCAACAAGAAAGUGGGGGCGACAGCCAUAAUAUCAAAAUUAAUAUUUAGGGUCGAGAGUAAUGGCCGAAUGUUCGAAAUGGUAAAUCAGAACGAAGCAUCAAACCGUCCGUUUGUCCCCUUCGGCGUUCUUGAACCAAUGCCUGUAAAACAAGCCAGAAAAACAAUUGAUAUUCUCCUUCCGAGAUUGGCCGAACUGGCCACAAUUCAGAACGAAAUCAAACAUAUCGAAGCACAACUUGCAAACUGA